GUGUCUGACAUUUUGAAAAUCGAAAAAAGCCAGAUUUCAACAUAAAAUAACACAGUAUAUUUGUAAAAUUGUGACUGCUGACCUGGUUUUUCCACUUACAAUGUUAACCCGAACCGCCUUGUCCAGAGCUCUUCUUUUAAGAAGCUUUAAAAAUGCAGCAAAUAACUUGAAACAAACUAAAAGGAACUCGGGUCAUGGAUCAUGGGCUUAUCGCGUCCCUCCUGCAAUGCCAUCUAAAAGGGAAACUUACUUAGCACAAGGUUUUGGCGCAUUUGCCUGGUGGUGGAUUAUGUGGCACAUUCUAACAGAGCCAGAACAUAUUUUUGGAGAAUGGACCUAUAUCCCACCAAAGACAUGGACUAAUGAAGAAUUAGGUAUCCCACCAGACUCUGAGGGCCCCUUGAAAAAUUGACAAGCUAAUAAUUCAUAAAAAUAAUGAAAGUUGAUGUAAUGUAGUAUUAAAUAUGAUGUUUUGUUAUUA